AUGACCGCCAACCCCCGAACCAUCCUCAUCACCGGCUGUUCAGCCCAUGGCAUCGGAGCAGCUCUGGCCCUGAACCUCGCCCGACAGGGUCAUUAUAUCUUCGCCACCGCCCGAUCUCCGACAAAAGUCCCAGAGAGCCUAACCUCCCUGGAGAACGUUCAAGUGCUGCCUCUGGACGUUAGAGACCCCUCCACAAUCGCGGACGCCGUGCGCGCAGUCAUUGAGCACGGCCGUGGUCUCGAUGUUUUGGUCAAUAACGCCGGCGCCGGAUAUACCAUGCCUCUACUGGACACGGAUAUGGAUCUUGCUAUGGAUUUGUACGAGGCAAAUGUAUGGGGGCCGCUGCGCUUGAUCAAAGCAUGUGGCGAUCUACUCAUCGCUUCGAAGGGGAGGAUCAUUAAUAUGAGUAGUGUGGGUGCUGUGGUCAAUACUCCCUGGCUUGGCGUCUACUCCUCUUCCAAAGCCGCCAUCACACAGUUAUCCGAAACGCUUCGCCUAGAACUCGCCCCCUGGGGUGUCCGCGUGGUCUGCAUUAUGGCAGGUAGCGUCACCAGCGCGUUUCACGCCAACGAGCCCGAGGUGAUCUUGCCCCCGACUUCGCGGUACGCGGCCAUCAGACAAAUGAUCUCCGAUCGGGCGACCGGACGAGACGACCUCAAGAGAUGCUCGGCUGACGAGUUCGCGGCCUCGAUUGUCGAUGACGUACUGGGCACCGCUGGCGGGGUGGUUUGGAAGGGACCGUACAGUGCUCUCGUUAAGUUUCUGUCUCGGUGGUGUCCUGCGAUUAUUUUGGAUCGCAUGAUGAGCGAUGGACAGGGGUUGGAUGAGCUGGCGAAGCAAGGGGGUAAGUAA